AUGACAGCCGCAAGUCCCGGGCGAAGGUGGGGUCGGCGGAGAAAGCGACCCUUGGAAUCCACGUCCAACCCAUCGGCGCGGGUUGGCGGGGGUCCCGCGUUCAACGUCCACUGGAGUGGUGACAGCAGCGACCAAGUACUGCAGCAGCAGCAGCAACGUCGGAGGGUGCUGAAUCUUCGACUGGCACACCAUAUUGACGCCCCGAGGCUGAGCUGCAGCAGCCGGUGUGCCCAACGGCUUCUCCUCCACACCAUUCACCGAGCCGGAUACCUGUCUCCUCAUCACCGAACCAAUUUCCCUGAAUGCAGUCCGUACGCCUCAGUACGCAUUGAAGACAACUCUUGGGCUGAUUUCUACUUGAACGGCGAGACUCGCCAAGGUUGCACCCCCGCCGCUGAACCGUCUCCUCCGCUUACUAGUUCCAAUCCUUCAAUAUUGGACUGGGACUGUACCCUCCGAACCACAACUACACAUUGCAAAGGGAACAGCAGCAUAAUGUCGAGGUCAAUACAGCUCAAGGAAGAAGGCAAUCGCCACUUCCAGCAGGGCGACUAUGCUGGCGCGGAGGCCCUGUAUUCCAAGGCCAUCAUUGCCGACCCGAAGAACCCCGCUCUAUACACCAACCGCGCAAUGGCACGCCUCAAGCUCGAGAUAUGGGAUUCGGUUGUGUCCGACUGUGAAUCGUGUCUCGGACUUACAACCGACAACCUCAAGGCCCACUACUACCUCUCCCAAGCCCAGCUCGCCCUCAAGGACUACGAUUCGGCCCUCACGAAUGCACAAAAGGCCCACCAGCUUUGCGUACAGACCGGCGAUAAGUCACUGGCGGCCAUCACCGCUCAAGUGUUGCGCGCGAAGAAGGAUAGAUGGGAUUGGAUGGAGAAGCGGCGAACACGGGAAGCACGACACCUCGAAAACGAAGUCAUUGAGCUGAUGGAGAAAGAACGUGAACAAGCCCUUACGAACGCAAUGGACGACGGGGAAAAGAGAGAGAUUGAGGCUGAAUGGGAGCAAAAGAUCGAGAUACUGAGAAGCACCUUUGAGAAGAGUCGCUCUGCCGAGGAGAAGAGACGUGAGGUUCCGGAGUGGGCCAUCGAUGACAUCAGCUUCGGCAUUAUGGUCGAUCCUGUACUGACAAAGACUGGAAAGUCUUACGAGAGGGCAUCAAUCAUGGAACAUCUCCGUCGUCACCCCAGCGAUCCCCUCACACGCGAGCCCCUACUGCCAUCCGAGUUGAGGCCUAAUCUUGGCCUGAGACAAGCCUGUGAAGAGUUCCUCGAGGAGAAUGGCUGGGCAGUGGACUGCACGGCGUUCAUGGUCUCGUUGGGCGCGAAGAAUACCGAGUUGAACACGACUUCACAAUCGCUACUCAGCGACUAUAGACCUCGGGGAAGCUUUUCUCAGGAGCUCCAUCAAUACAUACACAACCCCAGUCCCAAAACUAGCAUUAACGCAUCACAGCACCUGAAAGCAGUUUCUGACGGAGCUCUGGCUGCUAGGAUGUUGAUGGUAUUCCUCUUACGGGCCACUCAACCCUGA